ACCUGGAGCAUAUCGCUGGCGACAGCAGUGCGGCGAACACGAAUCGCUCAGUUCAGAUUUUCAGUUGUGUUUUGUGCGGCGUGUGCGAUGGUUUUGUGUUGGCGCUUUGGCGGCGUUUUGGCGUUGACGAGAAAACUAUGUAGAAUGAAACGUGAAAUGAUUCUAAUACCUGCAAAAGUUUUAAUGCAUAACUAAUUUUUAUGUGUAUUAAAAACCAGAAAGAAACAAAACAAAAACGUAUAAAGUCCAACACAAAAGUGACAAAAAAAGAAAUCAACUUUAACCGGAGAUUCGCGAGCAUCAAGCGACAAGUACCCAUAUGACAACAUUAUACACCUUCCUUCGGUAAUUCAAGACAAGCAGCAAAGCGGUAAACAUGUUUAUCUCAACGAAUGAAAAAUUAAAAGUGAAUUGUUCAUUGCAACGAACUAUUUUAAAAUAUACUAAAUUCAUGCACCUGGAAUUACUCGUAUUAUAAAAACAAACGUAUGGCAUUUAAAAAUUCAAACUAAAAAACAAAAACAAAAUUCCAUGAGAAUUUCCAAAUUUAACUGCACUUAAGUUGCUCAUAAGCGCUGCGGUGAACAAAACAACGGUAUUAAAUUCAUCAUACGCCGUGUGCUCCGCUGGGGCACACGCCAUUCAGCACUCAGCUGAGCCAAGCAACUGGCAAACUGGCAACUGGCAAGUACGAUAACCUUUAGUGGCGACGCGUAGCUUACCGAGAUUUUCACACAUCAAGAAACUGACGGAAAACAUACGCACACUCACUGGCACAAAAAUAUACUCACAACAUAAAAGAGCAGCUCACAUAACGCACGCCGAUAACUGGAUGAAAAAGAAACGAAAAAUGUCUGAGUCACGUCGUCCGUCGGUCAGCUUCACCGCCAUGCCUCCCGGCGUUCUAGUCAACGAUAGUCGCAGCAAUUCCACCGACGAUAUACAAAUUGCGUUAGCGCCACACAUACAAACGUACCUAAGUCAGACAGGACGACGGCAUUCUUGCUGCAGCGUCAUGUUGCCGGUAGCAUUCGAACGGGCCGCAUCCAAAUCAUGGCUGGAUCCGAAAUUCGAUUCAGCUGUACUGGAGGGACAAUUUCAGACUAGCGUAUUUCCGCACAUACGCAUGAGAUAUAGAUUUGCGCUCUCCUACAUCUUACUUUGCUCCCUCUCGUGGUUCCUGUACUUUCUGAUCGAUGGCGGCUCUGAAAAUUAUUGGCGUCCAAUAUCCAGUUCCUUCUCAAUGCUUUCGCUCAUCAUAAUCGCCGCGAUGUCUUUCACGCACUGGGACAUGUAUCGCGCCUAUCGUACUUUCAUAUCUGCGCUCACGGCCAUUGUGUUGUGCGCCUCCUCCUUGGCCUUUGUCAUUUUCACGGGACGCGCCUUCAGUCCGCUUGGGCACUUCUCCAUUUGCGUCUCAAUUGUACUGCUCAUUUAUACGGCGCUGCCGAUGCCACUAUGGAUGAGUGCUUUUAUCGCCGUCGCAUACUCGGCGCUCUUCGAAGUAGCUUCGCAUAUAGUGGUGGGCAAUAGUGCGACACAUGGCGCCGCAACUGAGUGUAAUAAUAAGAUUAUGCUGCUGCGCAUCUUACUGCACAUUUGCGUUCAUUUGGUGGGCGUUCACGUGCUGAUCAUGAACGUGGUGCGCAUGCGCGGCAUGUUUAUGAAGGUCGGCCAAAAUUUGCUGGUACGUCGCCAACUAGAGAUGGAGAAGCAACUUAAGGAGAAAAUGAUACACUCGGUAAUGCCGCCGAAAGUUGCCGACAUGCUACUCAACGAGGGCGGAGCCGCCGGCAUUGAUACCAAAGAUGGCGUAGUGGAUCCAGAUUCCCACUAUGUGCGGCCGCGCACAUCCAACGACUUACAGACACUAUUUCGUCCAUUCCACAUGCACAGCAUGGACAAUGUGAGCAUUUUGUUCGCAGAUAUUGUUGGUUUCACCAAAAUGUCCUCCACGAAGACGGCUGAGCAGCUGGUGGAGAUACUCAACGACCUUUUCGAGCGGUUCGACGAUCUUUGUACACUCAAUGGCUGCGAGAAAAUCUCUACUCUAGGUGACUGCUACUACUGCGUGUCAGGAUGUCCGGAGCCGCGAGCAGACCACGCUAUCUGCUGUGUCGAAAUGGGUCUGGGCAUGAUCGAUGCUAUGCGCUGCUUUGAUGCACAGCGUCAUGAGGGUGUCAAAAUGCGCGUCGGCGUGCACACCGGUACCGUACUGUGCGGAAUAGUGGGCACUCGACGGGUGAAGUUCGACGUCUGGAGCAACGAUGUAUCCUUAGCGAAUAAAAUGGAGUCAUCUGGCAAGCCUGAGCAAGUGCAUAUCUCCGAAGAAACCUCCAAUUUCUUAGGCGACGCUUAUCUACUGGAAGAGGGCGAAGAGGUUUUUGGUCAUCGCACCUACUUUGUGGUCGGUCGGCGGAAAGAUGUGUCGCGCGCAAACAGUCUGAGUCCCAGCAUACCAGGCAACUAUAGCGGUAGCCGCCUACAACUGCCGGGCAUACCGGGGCAACCUACGCCACUCUCGCUGAGUGCUACCAACAUCUCGGUCAUUCAACCGAAUGUGCCACCCGCUUCGCCUGUUGGUCAACUGUCCUCUUCCCUCAACCCCUCGCCCAUACUAUCGAUGCGUCCGCGUCUCACCUCGCUCAGUAUGAAGCUGCGCAAGAAGUCUCAGAGCCGUGAACGUGAUAUAGAACGAGGGGUAGUACAUGCCGAUGCAUUAGGCGCGCCACCAGUAGUUGUAAUUCGCGAGCGACCAAAGAUCAUUAUCACCACAAAGAGUCUACCCGGCAGCUUGGAUUCCGCUGACGAAGCGGAUAAAGUAAAUGAUGGCUGUUGUAACGGACUUCACGUAACAAAUGGCAGCGCACACAAAGCGCACUCGGCGGAGGAAACCGGACGCACAAAACUUAAAUUAAAAGUUUGUAAGGUUCCGCGCUUUUUCAAAAAAAUCGAGGACAUCGUCAAACACACCGACAAAUCGUCUUGCGCUGAUGUUGGUAAUGGCGGCACGAGCCUCAAGUCUGCGGCAGCAAAUAGCGAUGAGACAGUCGCGUUCAUCGAGCCGAAUGGUUAUCACCAGCUGUCGGUGGUGGUUGAAUCAUCCAAGCCCUCACUAACCUCAAACACCCUGGAAAUCCCGCAAAAGGCAAUGCUGCAGCACGCCGCCACCUCUACGGGCAUUUCGCACAACUUUGUGCGUUCCCCGGAUGGCAGCUGCUGCUCACCAGGUCAGUUCUCAAUGUUCGACGAUAUCAUCGAUAUUCGUUCCUACAUCAGUCAAUCACGCAGCGAUAUAUCACCCUUCGGUCGUUCGGGCAGCUACCGAUCCCAAUGUGGACGUAGUGGCAAGUCGGAGACUUCACCGGUACCACGUCCGCGUGCUUCCACCCUCACUACUGCGACGGCAGAAAAAAGCAAAGAUAUGCCCGCCACGCAGCCGCUAAUCGUCAGCGGGGUACCAUUUCCCUGCGCACUCACAGCGACAGCCAAUCACCAAUCUGCGCACUCUCGCAAUUCGAGUAUUUGGCCAGACGGGCUUAGCAUAUGUGCUUCGGCCACCUCACGCAAAGAUUCAGGCAUCAAGAGCAACUCGCGACGCUCCUCAAUACAACACCAAAUAUACGCGCUCAAUCAAUCCGCAAUUAGUCAACACCGUGUCUCCGGCUACUUUACCAGCUCAACGUCUAGCAUUUCAAACAUUGGCGACGCCACCACCUUGCCCCACGUGCCGCUCCCACCGAUACCACAGCCCGCGCCACAAGUAGCCGACCCAUUAGCUGCCUGUCUACAACAGCUGCGCAAACAGUCCGAUCUACAGUUAAUACGCUGCGUUCGUGACAACGCUAAAUCUCAACGAAGCUACCUGGUGAAGCCGCCGCUCAAACGCUUCAGUUUGUACUUCAAGUCCAGGCAAAUGGAACGCGACUUUCGCUCCAAAGCUCAUCGCUUUGGCAACGAGAACGAGACUGAAGGUCCACCGACAUUGGCGACGCCACGCUAUAACACAUACAUCGAUAUCUUCAUUGGUAUUGCAGUGUACCUGUGCAUUUCGAUAUCGCUCUUUCUUAUGACGCCAAACACCGUCACGCCCAGCUUUCGUCUGUGGGUCUCUCUCUUCACUGUCUUCACAGCCAUACAGAUUUUUGCACUGUUCUUGUUCACGCGACAAAUGUGUCGUCGGCACACACAGGCGCGCACAAAAAUCAACGACACGGAAUCGUGUGCGGACCGCAUAUUCGAAGCCAUAUCCAGCUGGUACCCGUGGCACAUUUGCUUGGCCAUACUCAUGGCCAUGCCGGUAAUAUUGAUAAUUGCGAACUUCCUUCUGCUCGAUCUUAACCUGCUCGAAGCUUUCGAGUACCACUAUGGCUUCCUAAUCUUCGUAUGCAUCGUACAUUUCUGCAACUUUACACAGUUGAACUGUUGGAUGCGUAACACCUUGGCACUCAUGGCGGCCAUGUGCUUCGUUGGCAUUGCGGUGAGUCAAUUGACGGUCUACUCGAAUCGCACGGAUGCUGCAGAAGCAGCUGCUGUAGCGCAAAAUGCAACACGCUUGCCUUUCCCCGGCACCGAGAGUGGCAAUUACCUCAUCGAGGAGAUCAAAUGGUUCCAGGACUACCAUGUGGAGAUUUACUUAGAUCUUCUACUCAUAUUAGUGCUGGUUUGGUUUUUGAACCGCGAGUUCGAGAUCGGCUACCGCCUGACCUUCUACGGCAAUGCUGUGGCCAAUCAGGACAAGAUACGCGUGCAAAACAUGAAAAAUCAGGCGGAUAUGUUGCUGCAUAAUAUCAUACCAAAACACGUAGCCGAACAUCUAAAGAAUACCGCGAAAUACUCUGAAAAUCAUCACAAUGUCGCCAUCAUAUUCGCGUCUAUUGUGAACUUCAACGAAAUGUACGACGAAAGCUAUCUCGGCGGCAAGGAGUACCUGCGUGUACUGAACGAAUUGAUAGGCGACUUCGAUGAGCUACUCUCUCGACCCGAAUUCCGCAGCGUGGAGAAGAUAAAGACAAUCGGUUCUACUUUCAUGGCAGCCAGCGGGCUAGACCCCUCACAUCGUGGUGAUAAGAACGAACACAUACAUGCAUUGAUGGAGUUCGCCAUAGCUAUGCAAGAGGUGGUGGACGCUUUUAACAAGGACCUGCUCGAAUUUAACCUCAUACUACGCAUCGGGAUGAACAUCGGUGAUGUGACGGCCGGUGUAAUCGGCACGAGUAAAUUGCAUUACGACAUCUGGGGCGAUGCGGUUAAUGUGGCAUCGCGUAUGGACUCCACAGGUGUGCCCAACCGCAUACAGGUGGGUAAGGAGUGCUUGCCUUUUUUGGAGGAUAAGUACGUGUUCGAGCCACGUGGCAGCGUUUAUGUGAAGGGCAAGGAUCACAUGGAGGUAUAUCUGUAUACAGUGCGCAAAGGAGAUGGAGGGGAGGAUAAAAAAGUAGAGGAAGCGCCGGACAAACUAGAAACUGCGAACGAAACAUUAGCGGAACCCAAUAAUGUGCUAAAAGUGGAAAACGGUGAAGUGGCGGUGCGAGAAGAGAGCGUACUCUCUACGAACAAAGAAGGAACUUAGAAACAGCACACUUGCAGUUUGCUGUGACUGGGAAAAGGAAAAGAUUAUUUUCGUCGAAAAUCAAGUGCUGUGAAGUGGAAUGACUACAUAUUUGGCGACAUUCGAUAGUCAGAGGGAACGUGUAGAGGCUAAGAGUAUUAGUUUGAAACAACCGGAUGUAUCCGAGAGCCAGACGAAGGAUGAGCACGAAGGAUAAGUUAGAGUAGACAACGAAAUGAAACGCCAACGCUUACGAUUUCUGGCUAACAGCGAGUCGAAGUGUUGUACGUGGGUCCGGGGACUUACACUGCUACGAGUAUGGGGAGUGCAAAAAGGUUUCAAAAUUGCAUUUAAGGAUAGAUAAAAUUUAGUUAUUUGGAACGCUGGAGUGUAUAGGCAACUAAAUUGUGAUAGGGGGGAAAAUAGAGAGGGUAUAAAUCUGCAUGAUAAAACGUGGAGUGUGGGAUUGAUGGGUGUGGAAAGAGUGCAAAAAAUACUUACAAAAAUAAAUAGAUAUAUCCAGAAGCAAUUAGUGCUUUGUUGGAGAAUAUAUGCAAGUAUAUUCAUACAUA